AUGCGCACUAUUCUUUUGCACCUGCUAAUCGCCAUUACAUGUCUGAAGACGGCAGCUACUGGUCUGGAGAGGCCCAAGAAGGUGCUGGUCUUUCUGCCUAUCAGCGGACAUUCCCAUCUCAAGUUCAUGGGAACUAUUUCUAGUAUUCUGCAGGACGAAGGAUACAAUGUGGUAAGCUCUUCUGUUUUUCUACUAAAGUGUAUGUUUUCGAUUCAGACCCUCCUCAUGCCCCUUCUUGAUUUUGGACUCCGGGACACAACCCCACUCGUUAGAAAGAUCAAAAACAGAAUUGUGGUGGAUCCGAGUGAGGAACUCACUGAAGCCGUGCAAGACUUCCAAAAUGGAGGAGGUCGUGAGAGCACGUGGACGAUGAACUCGGGAAUUCUCGGCUUCCUGAGAGUGGGAACAAAGGUUGCCAACAUUGCUAAGACAUCUUGCAAAAGUAAGCGAUUGACUUUUCGCUCACUAGUCAGAUAUGUAACUAAAACAUUUUCAGACGUUUUCCAGAACAAACAACUCGUUGAUUAUCUGAGAGAUCAGCAUUUUGACGUGGCAGUCGCUGAGCCCCUGUUCUCCUGCGGCUUCGCUCUUUUCGACCAUCUCGGGAUCGAAACUACAGUAUCCACCGACUCGCAUCUCGGUCUCGAAGUUUCAAAGAUUGCUCACGGAGCAUCCAUCACAACAAGUUACUUGCCAGCCGUCUUCUCCAGUGGAUCCGAGAGAAUGGGGCUUCUCGGAAGAGUCAAGAACUAUGUCGAAUCUUACUUCAACUACCAUUUCAAUAGUAAAAUCUACGAGAACGAGCUGGAGGCAAUCAAAGAGUUGUAUCCAAACGGAAAAGAUUGGAGGGAACUUCUGAGAAAGAAUGCCUACAUGUUUGUGAACAGCAAUCCGCAGAUGGACAUUCCGAGCCCCCGCACUUCCAAGUUCGUCGACAUCGGAGGAAUCUCUUCGGGACCUCUGAAACAAGAGCGUCUUCCCUCGGAAUACGAUCAAAUGCUUUCCCUCCGCAAGAACAAUGUGCUGAUCUCGUUCGGAACGAAUGCCAAGUCAAUCUACAUGUCCGACGAGAUGAAGUGAGUUUAAUUCGUCCAAAAAUGAGCACCCUAUUAGUAAUUAACCACAGUCUGAUAACAAGACAAUGGCAUGCCGCCUAUAACUCUGCAAACAUACCAUAAAAUGAUGUCAAUUUAAGACUAGAGUUAUUUCAGGGAGGCACUUGUUCAAACUUUCGAAAGUAUGCCCGACACCACUUUCAUCUGGAAGUACGAAAACACAACCGUCGACAUUGUGAAGAAGUACAACAGACGGAUCAACAACGUGAUGCUCACUGAGUGGAUGCCUCAGACGGCUCUUCUGGCCGACCCCCGAUUGAGUCUUUUCGUUACUCACGGAGGACUGGGCAGCACCAACGAAGUGGCGUUCAGUGGAAAACCAUCAGUCAUGGUGCCAGUGUUUGGGGACCAGACAAGAAAUGCAAGGAUGUUAGAGAGACAUGGAGUGGCUCUUCUCUUGACGAAACACGAAUUGAGCGACAUGAAAAAGGUCAGAGUCACAAUACGGAAGAUGCUCCGGGACAAGAGCUACUCGAUGAAGGCGGAAAGACUUGCUCAGAUGCUCAGGAACCAGCCGGAAUCGCCGAGAGACAUCUUCACCAAGUACUUCAACUUUGUCGCCAGAUUCGGCAAACCGCAUGGUCUGGAUUCUGCAGCUGCCGAGAUGAGUUUCAUCGAAUUCUACUACCUCGACUUCUUCUUCCUUCUCUCACUCCUCUCCGUCUCCUUCUAUGUUCUCAGCUCAAAACUUUGGAAAGCUUCUCCAAGCGUGUCCAGUCUUCUAUCGAUCAAGUUCAAGUUCGACUGA